GCCAGAUGUAACAUUGACCUUAAAUGGUAAAAGCUCCCAGAGUGAGCAGAAGAGAGAGAGGGAGGCUUUCCUGAAGGGGGAAAACAAGAGGAAUAGCUCAGUUUUAGAGACUGUAGUAAAGCUGAUCUUUUAAUACAGGACUAAUGCAGCAUCCACAGAAACAUUUGCAAGACUUUGGAUCACAAGGCCCUUCAGAUUUUCUCUACAGAGGUUAACUUGAAACCCAUAUUCUCAUUAGUGCAUGGUCUCUUUAGUCCACAUUACAACCCAACGUGGCAUUCGGCUCCCAUCAUGCCAACCCUACCUGAAGAUGUUGGUCAGUCAACCAACACUCGUCACUCAAUUUUGCCACCUUCAGAUAAAGAGCCCCCUGCUGAAGUAGCCCUAUCCAACACACCUGCUGUAGUUCUUCCAGAAAAUACAGUUCUACAAGAUACAGAAAGGGAGAGGAACCUAUCCCUCAGACCUAUUAGUCCUUACCUGCGGCAUUCUAACAGGCAUACUAAGGCAUCUGAUACCUCAUUGACUUCUGUUGACAACACAGGUCAUGUGAUAGAUUUGGUAAAUGACCAACUGCCAGAUGUUAAAAUCUCUGAUGAAGAUAAAAAGAAGAAUCUUGAAUUGAUAGAAGAAGCAAAACGAGUGAGUGAGAGGUUCCUCACACGCAGAGGAAGAAAAUCAAGAAGCAGCCUUUCGGAGUCUCCCACAGGCAUGUCCCCAACACUUAGUCCCAAUGUAUCACCUGCACCAUCUCGGAGUAACUCUUUCAAUCUUCCAAGUCCAACAGGUUCUGAAGCAUGUGCAUUCACUGUUGGUUCAGUGUCUCCACUGCAGAAUGCUACAAAAGGACUAAAUGAUCGAAAACAGAAUGAUCAAAGACAGCUUUCUCAGGGAAGGUUGCUUCCUCACUUAACUAGUUCUGAAAACCCAAAAGAGAAGCUGUCUGAACAAAAGGAGAAUUUUGAUCCGCAUAAACUUAUGGAUAACCUGUCCACAUCUUGCACUUCAGUUAGUGAGGAUGGCAGAAUUUCUAUCAAUAGAAACACAAAUACUUGUGAACAUAACCUUGGAAAAUCAUUCCUUAAAGCAACAAAAGAAAAAGAUUUUCCUUUCAAAGGCAAUUUACAAGCACCAGGAAUGGCUACAGUAGAUCCAAAGCUAAAAAGUUUGAUACCAUUACUGGAGGAUUCAAAAGUUACUGGUAAAACAGAACUUUCUACAUCUGGUACAUACCCUCCUCUACUACGAUCAAUAUCAUGUGAUCAUAUAGACUCCUUUAAACAACUGUCUAAUUGUGAUAAAAACGUUGCCACCGUGAAUAACUCCGGUAACACAUUGACUAAACCAUUAACUUUUAAAGACCUUCAAAUACAAGUGCAACCUGUUCGAAUGCAAAAAUUGACCAAACUCAGAGAGGAGCACAUAUUGAUGCGGAAUCAAAAUUUAGUUGGACUUAAACUCCCUGACCUCAGUGAAGCUGCUGAACAGGAAAGAGGGUCUUCACCAUCCUUUUUGGAAGAAGAGGAAGAGGAGGAGGCUGCAGAGAAUAGCUGUGAUGUCAUGCCCAAUAUUCCUGAUGUACUCUUACGGAAACUCCGUGUGCAUACACCUCUUCCGGGAAGCUUUCCUCCACUCACUGAGAAAGAGGUUGAGAAUGUAUUUAUACAACUUUCAUUGGCUUUCCGAAAUGAUAGUUAUACUUUGGAAUCAAGAAUUAGCCAGGCUGAGAGGGAGAGAAAUUUUUCAGAGGAGAACACAGAGAAGGAAUUGGAGAAUUUUAAAGUAGCUAUUACGUCUUCAGCUUCCUUAUGGCAUCAUUCUGAACACAGAGAGAUGUAUCAGAAAUUGUUGGAGGAUAUCACUGUGCUGCAUCGUUUGGCCUCUAGAUUAUCUAGUCGAGCUGAAAUGGUUGGAGCUGUUCGCCAGGAGAAGCGCAUGUCAAAGGCCACUGAAGUUAUGAUGCAGUAUGUGGAGAAUUUGAAGAGAACGUAUGAAAAGGAUCAUGCUGAGCUUAUGGAGUUUAAGAAACUUGCCAAUCAGAACUCUAGCAGAAGUUAUGGUUCUCCUGAAGAUGGUGUUCCACGUACAUCUAGAUCCAUGUCUCUUACUGUGGGAAAGGCACCUCGUAGGAGAGUCAGUGUUGCUGUUGUUUCAAAAUUUGAGAUCCCAGGCCAGUCACCUAACAUGUCACCGAUUCCUUUGAUGCCAUCCCUGGCUGAGUCUACAAAUGGAAGAAACAAUUUGACAACAACUCCUGUCUUACCUGCACUUACAGAGAAUGGAAAAUCAAAUGGAGACCCUGACUGUGAACCACCUCCUUCAGCACCAGCACAGAGUGGAAUGGAAGAGAUCAGCCCAGAGAUGAAAGUGAAAAUAGAAGGGGAAGCUUAUAACAAAGGGUAUCAGGAAGGCUUAAAGAAAGCUAGGGAACUUGAAGAGCUAAUAGAAGAUGAUGAAGAAAAAAUUGUUGAAAGGCCCAAUGAAUGUAAGGACAAUGAAAGUGAUGAUGAAAUUGUCAGACACAGCAAACUCGAAGUUGUUAUCCAUUAUAUACAGAUACUCUACCCCAAACUACAAAAACAUUGGAAUGUGCUCUGGAUUGUAGCAGCUGUUGUCAUAAUUUUUGCUGUGGCGCUGGGAUUCUCAAGUUUAUACAAUUAUUUCUCCUCCUGUGCUGAACUAUCAGAAGAGCAACAAGUGAAAGCUACCUGCUCUGCUGCUCAGCAUUACCCCUGGUGGAACUCAGGACUUCAACAUGACCAGCACACAGAAUAAUGAUGGCACAAAUGGGAGAGAAAUCCAUUUAUAAUAGCAUACUUUUAAAGUGAGACACACGAAGCAAAUUAAGAGUUUGGCACUUUCAUGGUGGCUAAAUCUGAUCAAUAACCUACCACUUAGUUUAUUCUGUGCCCUCAGACUUGCAAAUGCAUUGUGAUUUUUAAUUAGCCAGAUGCACCAACUCAUAAAUGCUAUCCUCUCUUUUUAUAUCUGUAAUCUGAUUUGUUGUGCCUGAAUAUUGACACAGCCACAUGAAAACAUGAAGACAGAAUUUAAUUUUAAAAAUGGGGCAAUUACACAUGGAGGAUCAUAGGUAGAACAUUAACUCAAGUGCUGCUAAAUAAAGCCAUCCGUAGCCUUCUUCAUCAUGAAUUAUUUCUGCUGUAUAAAUGUUGGUACUGGACUUUUAAUUUUGAAGCCCUUACUGUUGCAGUAGUUUAGAAAUAUAUUUGUUUUCACAACUCUAGGGAGUGAGCAAAACAUAAAACUGGCCAGUACUUAAUUAUCUCCUGACUAGGAAAAAAGUCCACACAGUUACUGAACAAGCUUGAGUAUGAGUAACAUGGAUGCUUCCUGUCUCCACACAUGUACAGUGUAACAUGACUGCAGACUGUGUGCAUCUGUUCAAACUUAUCCUACAUCUGUUAGAGAGCAAUAUCAAAAAUCAUGUGCACAUCCCAUCAGUAUGUACUAUCACGUCCCGUCCCAUCAAGUGUACUAAGGGCCUUUUUCUACAAGAUUGGUCAACAGCCUUGUUUCCACAAAAUGGUAAUAACUCUAAGUACAUACUUUGAAGUGCCAUGUUGUAAUUAAGAUAAAGGCAUAAUUCAUUACUCCUGUGUUGUUUCUGGUGAAUCGAUCAUAUUUAAAUGUUUUCCAUGGCUUGAACCUAAAUUAGAAGUAUGACAGUUUGGGAGGUGAAGGAGCCGCAAGAGAUUAUGAUAUUUGGCCCUGAAGUGGGUGAAAGCUUCCACCUACAUUGCCAUUAUCUGAGAAACUGUCUAGCUCUGCCCUUAAGAUAGAUAUCAUAUAUUUGGCAGGAUCAUUAUUUCAUAGUUAAUAUAUGUUUCUAUACAGAAUAUAAAAUAAUGAUCCUGCCAAAUAUAUGAUAUCUGUAGAGGGAGAGCUAGACAUUUUCUCAGAUAAUGGCAAUGUGGGGUUUUGGAACUAAAUGAAGCAUAUGCAUGUUAGAAGGGAGUGGCAAGCAGUGUAUUCUCUGCUGGAAAGAUGAAGCAGCAUUCAGCGUGAAACUAACUUGGAAAGAGUUGACUGAUAAAACAUUUUUUCCAACUUAAUUACAAGAAGUUUGGGAACUAAAUGUGGUUUAUUGGUUGUUCAAGCAGCUGUUCAGAAUUCCAGAGGUCCAUGGUAACUUCAGUGUUAUGGAUACCCAAAAUUUGAUAGGUUAGAUAAGAUCAGUCACUAAUGCUAAAAAUGCUUUUUGUAUAUUGUUUCACUGUUUGAGUAUAACUGAAAAGGCCACAGAAAAGUUAACAGUGUGAUUAAGAAUGUUUAAUGAUGCUAAUGAGAAUGUGUACCUUUUUGCUUUCAAACUGGAAGAGGUGAGAGUAGGGGUUGGCUGGUGAAUUAAAUGACCUGACCAAAAAGAACAGCUAUAUUAUAUCAUUCAAAUACAGUUCAAAUUUUGAGGGGGAGAAGCAACAUCUGGAGGCAGUGUGGGGCUGUGGGGGUGGAUUUGCCCUCCGCAGAUGCUUACCCCAGCUGAGGAGCAACUCCACUGACAGCCAACCACUGCAGCCCUCUGAGACACCUAGCCACAGCGUAGAGCACUGCACCAGCAUUCCUGCACCGCCAGAGCCCCUAACAGCAUAA